AUGUCCUCUAUCCUUGAGUCCUCUCUGACUGUUCCAGUCACGUUCUCGACACCGGCUAGUCGAAGCAGAGGGAGCGCACCUGUAGACCCAGUGGACCACAGCUUUUCGUCUGCUGUACCAUCUUACAUCACUUGUUGGGGCUCUCACAGUUCUUCGCUCUUAUCUGACAGUAAAUCCGACCCUCGUUCUGUUCUUGGCGUUGUCGUGGGUUGUCGAGACGGCUCAGUCUACAUAUUGCGGUCAACAGGACACUCAGGUGCUGUACCCUCCGUAAAACCUGCUUCCAACUCCUCCGAAUCUGUGCUAUCGCCCACGAGUGCACGGCGAUUCCUUGGUCUGGGCCGUCCGACUUCGCGUUCCGCCUCUCCGUCCUCUACCAAGUCUUCCCUGUCUCCUUUCCAAGUCACUCGUUCUCGUAUCGUUUCUGCUGUCUCCAACGAACAAGCAGAAGCUCCAAAGAACUACGUCGACUUUGAUGACGAACAAGAGAAGCUUAGGGGUAUGCUCAAGGGCAAAGGUCACCGUGAUAGGCACUUGUCUACGUCCAGAACCCGCUCGGACAGGGAUGCUGUCCCCGAGAAAGCGACACAGUCCUCCCAGACCCCAGGAAGCAGCCUACGAAAAGAAGACACACGGAGCUAUCUGGCUUCUGCGCUCUCGCCUACGUCGUCAACGCAAUCCUUGUUGUUGUCUGGUCCUCCUUCGCCCACUCUUGUGCCCGCUCCGUCCCCAGAGCCUGGAUCGCCUACUCCCCUUGGCUUGCGUUGUCACACAUUUCCCCCUCAAGCUGGUCCGGGACGGCUUGUGACAUCUCUGAAACUACACGAUCGCGGUCGUUACAUAACAUGCCUCAAUGCAGCUGGCGGUCUUUCCGUUCACUCGACUCUGGAUGGCAGUUGUCUCGCGUCGACAAUCAUCCACGUGCGGCGCAGGCCGACAGCGCUAGGUGGGAAGACGCAGCCUGUGCAUGCUAUGCUUUGGGUCUGGAGGACAUUGCUGGUGGCGGCAUCCCAGGAGUCAACCAUCCUCUUCGCUUGUGCUUCCCCUGACGAGUUCUAUCCCGCGGGUCAGUUCAACGAUCCUGGUGCCGGGGAUUCGGAAAAUGUUUCGCUAGUAGUCGCGUAUGAGCUGUCGCUGGGAGGCGAAGUGCAAGCUGCGGACGCCAAGCUCGAGUAUCUUGGAGAGUGGACUAUCGAUGGUCCUGUCAACUCCAUUAGCUUGCGUGCAGAGGACGACCACUCGUUGACCCUCUUUCAUGUCAAUUCUCAUGGCUACCUUAUCUCGCGCUCCCUUCGGAUCAACGAUGCGCUACCCUCACCUUCCGCAGACGUCCCGGAGUCCCAUUCCUCUUCCCAUCUACCACUGCCCAAUCCGUUCAGAGUCCUCAAGUCCCUCUCCACGGAGCACAUUCCCGAUACUGAGAAGCAUGAAGCUGCUGAGCGCAUACGGCUGGUCAGCGAGGUCAACCACGGCGAGUUGGGCCUCUCCCUGCCCGUGGUCGGUCUGCGAGCCUACGAUGGCGGAGAGGACGUCCGGCUCUGUGCUUGGUCAGCCAGUGAGAUCCAGGUGCUGAUCUGUUCGCGCGAAGGGCUCGAGUGCUCUCCACCAGCCCCGAUUGCCCGCAUCGAGAACGUACGAUGGAUUGACAACGACUCUUUCUCCGUGCUCUUCCCCGACCGGAUUGAGAUAUACCGCACGACCUUCACGCUUGAGAGCGAGGAGGGCCAUCGCCUCGCAUUUCAAAAGAUUCAGACUACAUCCUUCACGCCGGGAGACGCCGCGGCGCUCACAUCCGGGGGUCACGUUGUGUCCACCCACGUCAAGAAUGGGAGCCGGAGGGUGCAUUACACCGUGCACGACGCUCCUGUCGACGACGCGAAGUUGAGGACGCGGACGUUGUGGAAGGGUCGCGACCCCAGUCCUUCCAGCGCGCAAGCGGAGAGGCGUAUCACGUCGAUACUCCCGCUCGAGCUCGAGCUCAUCGUGCUGGGCUACUCGGACGGGCACGUUUGUCGCUCUUCGCUCCUAGAUCUCGCGAAGGGCUCAAGCGACGCAGAAGCAGGUUUGAUUUCUUCGGACUUUCCCCUUCCGUCUGGGAUCAUCGCCAUGGAGUCCGUGGAGAACCGUCGGACGGGAGAGCGCCUGCUUGUUAGCGGCGCGGACGACGGAACGCUCGGAAUUUGGGCACUCAGUACGCUGAAGCUUUGCGCACGGUGGACGGUGUUCACGAGCCCGCUCGCGCGCGUCGUUCCGUUGCACGGCGAGAAGGUCGGGAGACUGCUGGGAUGCGUGCUUUGUAUCUCCCAGGACGGGACUAUUGCUGUCAUAGCGCUGGAUGGACCCCAAUUUGUCUACCUCGUUCCUGCAUCCGCUGCUCCUCUGCAUCGUGUAUGUUUAGGAGAAGAUAACAUGUUGCUAAUGUAUGGAGAUGGUCGCGCGAGGUUGUGGGAUACGCGGACGAGGGAGUUUUGGCGGUCGAUGAGUACAGAGAAGGCAGAAGAGCUCUUGCAAGAGGACGGUUGGUCGCAGUGGUCCAUGGAGGAACCUCCUGGUAGCAAAGACGUACUUACCAUAGUGACUUCUCAUAGCUCUUCUGAUGCAGCGUCCACUCUUCUUAUCAACAUUUCCGUGCUCUUGCGUCAAUUUGCAUCAAGCGCAGCACUCGCGGGCACAAAAGGUCCCAUCAGCGCAAAGGCUCGGUUGGAGCACGCGCGUGCCCUGCUGUCGCUGCUCCUCACCUUCGGCAUCAGCGAAGGAAUCGACACCAUCUGCGCAGAAAACCUCUCUAUUAUGCUUCAAUCGACCCCGAUAGGCUUGGCAAGUGCGAACAGCCUCUCAUUGCUCCUUCAAUCCACUCCCAUGAGCUCCUGGACGUUGUCGCCCGAGGUCUCUGCCGAACGGGCUCUGGCCAUUCUCUCGGUCUUGCAGUAUCUGAUGCAAUUCGAAAAUCUCGCACAAGAUGCCAGCACUGUCAUGACGUUCUACGCAGCAUCAGUCGGGCAACUCGUUCCUGAGUUUUACCAGCCGCCUAGUCUCCCUCGCCUAGGUCAACAUAUGCUGUACACACUAUCGGCUGAAGAGCGGCAGGCCGCGCGACUGCUUUUCGACGCUGGCGUUGCUCGGCUGUCGGACCAGGAGACCGCGGACAUAGUGGAAUGCUGGCAGCAACACCUCCCAAUACUGCAGCACGAGAAGCAGAAGGAUUCUACGAGGAGUGCGUUGGCUCUAUGCGUCUGCGGUUUCAUCGCUGUGGACAAGUACAGCCUUCUGCCUACGAGCACUCUCACCGAUAUCGCGAAGUCUAUUGCGGGAUACCUGCAUGAUGAGACAUCUCCGCAUCGGUCAUUGGCAAUCGACCUCUGUUCGCGUGGGUUCCAAGUCUGGCAGCAGUACGUCGAUGCGGUUGAGAUGCUCCGUGCGCUAUUCACCCUCGCCACGACGACAAAGAAGGAGGCGAUCGCCGUACCAAACAUCGGCGUCCAGGCGCGAACGGCGGUUCUUCAGAUCGCUGCGAGCAAUACGCCACUCUUCAUGACGACGCUUGCGAUCGACAUUCUCCACCCGCGCAGCGUGCAGCACCGCAAGUCCGUGAUGCAGCUCGUCAUCUUCCUCAUUCGCAAGAAGCCGCUGGUGUUAUACAGCAAUCUUCCCAGGUUGGUGGAAGCAAUUGUGAAGUCACUGGACCCCAACUCGAACGCGACACGCGAGGCCGUCUUGGAUUCCGCUACGGAGAUCUUGAGUCAUAUCGUACAGACUUUUCCUACGGUUGACUUCCAUAUGGGCACCCAACGAUUAGUGGUAGGAACGAGCGAGGGCGCGGUCGUGAUGUACGAUCUCAAGACUGCCACUCGCCUAUAUGUUCUUGAAGGGCACAAGAAGCGUACAACUGCAUGCAGUUUCUCGCCUGACGGCCGUCGCGUAGUGACGAUGUCUCUUGAGGAGUCGGCCGUGCUCGUCUGGAAGGUCGGAGCAAGCUUCACCAGCUUCUUUAUGCCAGGGGUACCUCCUCGGCAGGGCCACAGCGGUUCUGAGCCGUUCAAGACGCUCAGCUUCAACAUUGGAGACGCGGCGCACAUGAGCUUGGAGGGCACUCUUGUGGAUGUGCGGUUUGAGUGGGCAGGAGACCGAAGUGUUAAGCUCAUGAUUAAGGAUACUACCUUAACUUUCAGUACCUGA